AUGGUGCGGCUACUGUCGGGCUGUUAUCUUCAGCACCUGGAGAUGCGCGCUGACACAAACAAGAGAGAGCGCGAGGAGCAACCAGGAGUCCAACGCGGAUAUGCGUCGGUAGUGCCCAUUGGUAGAGCAUUAUUAGAGAGCAACACAUCAGCAGCGGAGAAAACAGAAGCCCAGAAGCCAUCACCCCGCAGAGCCAGUGGUGAGUGUACAUCUCCUUGUCUGAAUGGGGGUCAGUGUGUCCAUCCAGACUCCUGUAACUGCACUUUAUACCAGGCCACUGGAACACACUGCCAGACAGUCCCCAACCUAGGCUUUGAGCGAGAGAUGACGUGCCGCUCAUGGGGACAAUACAACUAUGAAACCUUUGAUGGACUUUAUUACUACUUCCCUGGGAAAUGCAGCUACACACUACUAAAAGUCUGUGAAGACAACUCUCAGUCCAGUGUACAUAUACAGGUGCAUAAUGACCCAGAAUGCAAUUCUUUCCCAUACUCCUGCACACGUUCAGUCAGCCUCUUCCUGCCAUGGGAAGGAGAGAUUAGGUUACAGAACUCCAGUGUUACAUUCAAGGGUCAAAGUGUGCAGCUGCCUCAUAACAUCCAUGAUGUUGAGCUGGAGCGAAUCUCUGACUACAUCAUAGUAUCACAGCCACAGGGUUUCACGCUGGCCUGGCAGGGGCUUACUGGCUCUGUGUACAUUAAGAUGAGCCCUGAGUUUGUGGGACGCACCUGCGGACUAUGUGGGAAUUUCAAUGCGGACACUCAGGAUGACCUGAAGACCAGCUAUGGUGUUUUCACACAGGAUUUGGCGAUGUUCGGUAACAGCUGGGCAGAGGAGGAGCCACAGCUGGCCAGAUGUCCUAUUGUUUCCUCUCUCUAUUCCUCACCCUGUGCCAUGCAAGAUCCUCAUGUCCUAUUGAAAGUGGAGGAGGUGUGUGCCACCCUAUUGAAGGAGCCGUUCAUUUCCUGUCAUGAGUUUGUCAGUCCAUAUUCAUACAUGGCCAGCUGCUCCAAUGACCUCUGCCUGUCUGGUCCCAAUGGUGAUAUUGUGUGCCAGGUGCUUACGGAGUAUGCCAGAGCAUGUGCCCAUGCUGAACAACCGCUGCAUAACUGGAGAGCACACUUUCCUGUUUGCGAUGUUGAUUGCCCUGGUGAGCUCCACUUCAGAGAGUGUAUCACCUGCUGCCCUACACACUGCAACAUCGAACGCAUGUGUAUAGACAGCAAGCUGCAGUGUUUGGAUGGUUGCUACUGCCCUGAUGAUUUGAUCUAUGAAGACGGACUGUGUGUUAAGGCAUCAGACUGUCCAUGUGAGCACCACGGUAUGCUGUACCCCUCCGGACAGGUCAUACAAGAGGACUGCAACAACUGCACAUGUGUAGGAGGAGUAUGGAACUGCACAGAGCACAACUGCCCAGGAGAGUGCUCUGUGACAGGAGAUAUGUUCAUCCAGUCGUUUGAUGGCCGCGUUUACACAUUUCCUGCUACGUGCCAGUAUGUUUUAGCCAAGAGCAGAAACUCUGGCAGGUUCACUGUGACCAUUCAGAAUGCACCCUGUGGAGCCAAUCUGGAUGGUGCAUGUAUUCAGUCAGUGAACCUGGUGGUUGAUGAGGAUCCACGAACUGAGAUCACAAUGAGCCAUAGUGGAGAGGUUUUUCUGGCAAGCCAGUUCAGGAUUUCACUGCCGUUUUCAGAUGAUGUGUUUCAGAUCCAGGAGCUGUCAUCCAUGUUUGUUCAGGUGAAGUCAUCACAGGGUCUGCGGCUGCAGUAUAACUGGAGAGAGUUUAGGCUGUACCUCCAGUUGGAGGAACACUGGAGAGAUGACACUGUGGGGCUCUGUGGAACCUUUAACGGCAACAUUCAGGAUGAUUUCCUGUGCGUUUUCAACUGAUCCUGCUUCCUCGCACCCUCUGGCAUGAUCGAGAGCACACCAUCCUUGUUUGGAAAUGCAUGGCGUGUGUCUUCAGCAUGUGUACCACGGCCCAGCUUACCCCAGCUUGACCCUUGUGACACACACCAACAAGCAGCUACCUAUGCUGUGGAGAAGUGUGACAUGCUGAUGCAGGAGGUGUUUUCUGCCUGUCAUGAGUAUGUGAGCCCGGUGGCAUUCCAGCUACAAUGUCGUGCGGACGUAUGUAAGUGUGGUGUGCCGUGCCUUUGCUCCAUCCUUGCUCACUACUCACGCACCUGCAGGAAACAUGGUGUCAUCAUUGAAUUUCGCUCACACCUGCCUGAGUGCGCCAUCACUUGUCCACAUACUAUGGAGUAUGGAGUCUGCGUGUCUUCGUGUCAGCGUCGCUGCCCGUUUCUGUCUCUUCCACAGCCGUGUGGGGAUGAGUGUGAAGAGGGGUGUGUUUGCCCAGAAGGAACAUACAUCAACAUGCAUACAUACACCUGUGUGCCACGGAGUGAGUGUCCAUGCAUUUUUCUUGGUGCUGAUUACUCUCCUGGAGAUGUGAUCAUGACAUCAUCAGGUGUACAAAUUUGCCAAGAUGGAAAACUUGUUUCCCAGAGCUCAAUUAUUGAUACGCUGUGUCCACCUGGGCAGUUUUAUGAGGAUUGUGGGAACCGACUGGGUUUAAUUUCUGCCAGUAAAGGUUUAGCUUGUGAAAAGACCUGUGAGUCAUAUUUACUUAACCUCACCUGCUCAGCGCAUGAGCCGUGUGUGCCUGGCUGCGUCUGUCCUGCAGGGCUUUUAAAACAUGGUGAUGAGUGUUUCGAGCCACAUGCAUGCCCAUGUUUGUGGAAAGGGAAGGAAUAUUACCCAGGAGACAAAGUGUCCUCCCCCUGUCAUCAGUGUGUGUGUCAGCAUGGCACCUUCCAGUGUGAGUUCCGUCCAUGUCCAUCGAUGUGCACAGCUUAUGGAGAUCGACACUACCGAACCUUUGACGGUUUUCUGUUUGAUUACAUUGGUGCCUGCAAGGUGUACUUGGUAAAGAGUUCGGUAGAUGUAAUGCUGACGGUCACAGCAGAAAAUGUUGACUGCUUUGAAAGUGGCGUGAUCUGUAGGAAAUCUCUCCUCAUCUCUAUCGGCCGCUCCUUCAUUGUGUUUGAUGAUGACACCGGCAAACCUAACCCAUCCAGUGUGAUUGACAGGAAGAGAGAAUAUAUUUGGCAAGCAGGAUACUACACCAUUGUACAUCUGCUUGGGGAAGACCUUACAGUGCUUUGGGACAGAAAAACCACCAUCCAUAUACAAGCUGGACCACGCUGGCAGGGCAAGCUUUCUGGUCUUUGUGGGAACUUUGAUCAGAAAACAGCAAAUGAGAUGAGAACACCAGAGAACAUUGACUCAUCCACACCGCAGGAGUUUGGCAACAGCUGGACAGCAACAGAGUGUGUGAACAGUCCUGAUAUAAGGCACCCCUGCAAUUUGAAUCCUCUUCGAGAGCCCUUUGCGAAAAGACAAUGUGGGAUUCUGCUCAGUGAAGUGUUCCAGGUCUGCCACCCAGUGGUAGAUGUCACAUGGUUCUAUAUGAACUGCUUGGUGGACACAUGUGGCUGCAACCGUGGAGGAGACUGUGAGUGUUUCUGCACAAGUGUUUCAGCAUAUGCUCACCGCUGCUGCCAUAAGGGCGUGGCCAUUGAUUGGCGCUCUCCUUCCAUCUGCCCUUAUGACUGUGAAUACUACAACAAAGCUUUAGGGAAGGGUCCUCUCAAACUGUUGACUUUCAGAGAGAGAGGUACACUGUUGGCAGUCAAUAAGACAAGUGGACUGCUGUUUCCAAAAAGGGAAAUAUUCAAUUCUGAUGAGGUUUUGACGCAGUUCAUGAUGACACCAGGCCUCGGCAAAGACAGACCACAUGAUUCAUCACUGGUAUCAUUUGAGGCGGCAGACAGACCCAACUACUUCUUAACAGCAGAGCGUAGUGGCCAGUUGAGACUGCAGAAGUGGGAAGACACAGAGGCAUUCUGGGAUGCAGCUACGUUUGUGCUGCACAGGGACACAUGGAUCUCAGGCUUUGAUUCGCUGGAGUCACUAGCACGGCCAGGAUUCUUUAUGCAUUUCAUGCAGUCCAGAAUCCAGCUUAUGAAAUACAGUCACUCAGACCGGUACCGCCGAGCUACACUCUUCAGACUUUCAGGUGCUAUACCAGACUAUCCAAUGGGUCCUCGGUGUCAGUGGCGGUAUGAGUCAUGUGUGAGUCCAUGUUUCAGGACAUGUAGUGAUCCAUCAGGUCUGAGUUGUGUCAGCAUCAUAAAAGUGGAAGGAUGCCUGCCGCAGUGUCCGAGUCAAAUGGUUUUAGAUGACGUCACUCACAGAUGUGUCUUUCUGGAGGACUGCAUUAAGCCUGCCGUUGUUCCUCCAUUCACACCAACCAGCCCUGCCAUAACAUCUAGACCCAGCUCUGCAAUGUCCACCUUGAGCGGUCCAACAGUUUCUACAUCAGCCACUACUAAUGCUAGCACCACAGCAUCUACACCUACUAAUCCCAUACCAAGCACAGCAAAGCAAACAUCUUUCACUGUCAGUCCUGAGGUUGUUGAUACCAUUACCACAUUAACAACAUCCUCUUCCUCCACAAGCCCACUGCCUUCCACUCAGAGAUCCACUAGAGUGCCAAGCAGUACCCACAGUCCCACUUCUCCCACCACUGUGCACUCUAGCCCAGUAUCUGUCUCAGCAUCUCUACCAUUGACCUCUACAACAAGCAGGCCAUCAGAGCCUUCAACGCUACUCACCAGUACCACAACUGUACCCUUGCCGCCUAUUUCAAGCUCUGUUCUGUUUACCUCAAGCAAGGAGCUGUCCAGAGUAAGCACCCUACCUGUGCUUCCAGUUUCGACCAGCAUGAGCCCCACAGAAGCCACAUCCCCAACAGUCAAAGUGUCAUCUCCACUCACGUCUAGUACAGAGACUCCCAGGGUCUCAGAUGCCUUCACACUUUACACUGAAAAGAGCACAAUACCCACUGUGACUUCUAAUGGUGGCACACAGACUGCUGCUGAAACCAUCAGCACAACAAAGCUCACUCAGCCAUUACCUACAACACCCAUAUUAGAAUCAAGUACCUCUGUCAUCACAGCUAAUCUUACCUUGUCUAUUUCUCCACACACACUGAAGACAACCCAUGAGAGCAUCUCUGAAACUCAGAAGCAUUUGGAGUUGGAAACUAUUUCCACUUCGCCUACAGAAUCAUUGUCCACCCGUUUCCCAUACGAAUCCACCAGCUCUGCUGUUCCAUCACCACUAUCAACUCAAACCACACCAUUUGCUCCUUCAACCUCAACUUCAUUAACCUCAGAGCAACCUAAAACUUUAAAAACAACACUGUCUGCCUCCACAACUGCCCCCGCAAUCAGCAUCACCACACUGUCCUCUCAAGCCCCUGUAUUCGUACCAACAGAAACCACAGCAAAAACAACCUAUCAGCCAACAUCAUAUCAGCCUUCUAUAUAUAUUUAUCCUGCUGCUCCAACAAAUGAGAGGACAUUACAGACAGAUUCAAAAGUGACCCAAAUCAUGUCAACUCAAUCUGUGCCACCAGAAACAUCCCAAACCAGUACAAGGACAAUAGAAACCCCACUUACUACCUACACCACCAUUCCAUCCACUUCAAUGACUGCAGAGGCAACAUCAUCACUGCUCACAUCCCAUGUGUUACUCACUGAAAAGACAACAUCUAGAGCUAUGUCCAUGUAUACUACACUGGGCCCUACCGAGUCUUACUGGGGUUCUGUUUCCACCACUUCUCGACUCACAGACAAAGUCAGCACUUCCCCACUUCAUCCACCUUAUUCUACGACUACAAUUACCACACUUCUUGAGCUCUCACCAUCAUCCCCAUCCACACUGACAACUGCAACCACAAUAUCUCAAGCCUCAACAAAAACCACAGAAACAACUGUCACUUCUGAGACAUCUCUGCUAACUUCCACCACAACUGAUAAGAAGAUUGUUUUCACCACUGGAACAUCCACACCCACACCCUUGACUAUACAUCCUGUCACAGAGACAACAAGGGUUUCUCCCACCAUGGAUAAAAUGGUACCGUCAACUGCUGCAAUGACACGGACAUCAACAGAGCAGCAUGAGACAUUGAGCACUCUGCCUUCCAGAAUGACUCCAAAAAUUACGACUCGUGUCACACCAGUCCUGACCUCACGGGCACCUGUGGAUACUACACGACGAGAAACUCCAAGAGUUGUGGCCACAACCAGCAUUUCACCUCUGGUCAGGAAUGAAACAACAUUGACAACACAACUUACUACCAUUUCCACAAAUAAAGUGACCACUAUUUCCACAGAUACAACCACCAAUAGUAUCCCUGUUGCUACUACAAGCACACAGACAACACACAGUCCUGAAACCACCACUGGAUCUACAGAGCACACUACAGAAUCUGGACCAACCACAAUAUUCUCAUCAACAUCAACUGGAACAACUAUCUCAGCUCCAGUGUUUAGUUUGGGAUCAAUUGUUACCCAAGCCACUAUUUCCACACGGCCGCCUGCUUCCCCUACUGUCACUGAGAGUAUUUCCAUCACCUCUACUGAACACCCAUUGGUGUAUGAACAUACCUCAGUCACAGCUAAGUCACCUGCUCCAGACACUGGCCUAACAACACUUGGUUCCUCUGUGAUGACCAGCCUUCCCUACACUAUAGAAACAGAGCACUGGAUGAUGACACCUGCAGUUCCCAAAAUAGUGUCUCUCAAGCCCAGCAGAGUGUGCACUUCUCCAUAUUCAGAGGUUGUAGAUGAAUGCACUAAGGUAAUUUGUGUGAGUGGUCAGUUGCUGCUCUUCAAUAAGUCUCAAAGCUGCCCUUAUGAUCCCACGCCCCCAAACUGUGGUCUUCUUGGCUUUGCCGUACUGGUCAAUGGUGACAAGUGUUGUCCACGAUGGGACUGCCCAUGUCAUUGUUCAGUGUUUCCGGAUCUCAAUGUGAUCACGUUUGAUGGGAACAGUGUUGCAAUAUAUAAAGCCGCUUUAUAUGUGGUGACCCAACUUUCCAAUGAGACUGUCAGCAUCAUGGUACAAGAGUGUUCUGGACCAGAUGACACACUUGUGUGGAACUAUACCAAUUUGUGUCUGGCAGCUUUAAACAUCACUUACAAAUCCAAUGAAGUUCUCAUCAACCGCUUGCAGAGACGUCUCUAUGUGAACUCCAGGUAUGUUAAGCCAAGGUUUAAGAAGUUUGGUUUUGAGAUUCUGGACACAGGAAACAUGUAUCUCAUCCGAAGUCCAACUGGUUUGAAGAUCCAGUGGUUCCAUUCGACAGGCAUGAUGGUGAUUGAGAUGGACAGUUAUAACAACAGACUACCCACCAUGGGCUUGUGUGGUAAUUGUGAUGGUAACCCAUUGAAUGAUCUGACUCUGUCUAACGGUACAGUUGUGACUGAACAAGAGGAUCCAGCUGUGUUUAUUGAUAGCUGGCAGAUUCCCAACACCACCAGCUACAUCAGCAACAUCAGAAGGAGGGAGGUCAACUGCACCACAAGUGACUGCUCUCAGUGCAUGAGCAUGUUAAACAACCAUACCUUCACCAUCUGCCAUCCUUAUGUCCCUGCAGCAACAUUCUGCGAGAUGUGGGUGAGAGAUGUGGAGUAUGUGAAUAAUCCUUGUGUCGCUCUGGCUGCUUAUGCUGCAUCCUGCCAAAAAUUUAACAUCUGCAUGGAAUGGAGGAGCCCUGAUUUCUGCCCAUUUAUAUGCCCAGAAAAUCUGCGGUACCAGGCAUGUCUACCAGCGUGCACUGCCCCCUCCUGCCCAAACCAAGAUUUUGAGUUUGUCCCAGAGCAAUGCAUAGGCCUUUCAGAGGGAUGUGUGUGUCCUGAGGGAACUCUCCUACACCAGCCCUAUUCCGCACUCUGCAUUCCACCCAGCAAGUGUGCUUGCACUGAUAGUUUUGGAACUCCGCGGGCACUGGGUGAGGUGUGGAAAGCCUCUCUUGAUGGCUGCUGCAUGUAUAAGUGUGAGAAUGACAGCAUUGUGCCGGUGGAGUAUAACUGCAGUGACAUCCCUCAGCCAGUCUGCACGCGAAGAGGGGAGAUCAGCGUUAGCCUUACAGAUUACAGCAGCUGCUGUCCUCAGAGAGCCUGUGUUUGUAAUCAGAGUAUGUGUGAGACGGCUCCUGCAGACUGUAAAUAUGGGGAGAAGCUGGUGUCAUAUCAUAGGCAGGACUCCUGCUGUCCAGAAUACAUUUGUGAGUGUGAUCCUGAUCAGUGUGUCUUGGACAUUCCUGUAUGUCGAGAGGAUCAGACAUUGAUCGCCACUCGUGCUGAAGGCAGCUGCUGUUUGGCCCACAUCUGCAUGUGUGACAAAUGUUCUGAGGUUGCUCCCGUGUGUCAAGAUGGAGAACUGCUGAUCGUGGACACAAACAGCACAGAGCAAUGCUGUCCAGUUUAUCACUGCUUGUGUGAGACCUCACGAUGCUUAGAGGUCACAUGUCCAGUUGGCAUGGCUUUAGGUUCCUCAAGGAUUCCAGAACAGUGUUGUCCAUCACAGACAUGUGAAUGUGCAUGUGAGAAAAUAAUUCACCCUAAAUGUUCUCUGGGGGAGAGUAUGCAGUUAGACAGAGCAUUUCUGUCUGAUCCAGAAAACCAGUGUAGUUGCAAACGCUUCAUGUGUGUGAAAGAGGCGGUGUGUGUGGAUGGGCAAAGGGGAGUGAUGCGGCCGGGGCAGACUCUGGUCGAGCACCACGAACAGGGUGUGUGUUAUACCACACAAUGCACACAAACUCUGGACUCUGCCACAGGUUUCUAUGUCCUCAAAGCAACCAGCACUAACUGCACUGCACACUGCCAGUCUAACCAAAUAUACAUCCCUCCUAAAGACCCCAGCAGCUGCUGUGGUGUGUGUAGGAACAUAUCCUGCCUGCAACAGAGUGAGAAUGGAUCUAUAACUAUGUACAAGCCAGGGCGCAGCUGGAUGUUUGACUGUAUGCGCUACGACUGCACAGACACUCUGUCAGGACCUGUGCUUGUCUCCCACCUCUACAGCUGCCCCCCCUUUAAUGAGACAGAAUGUAUGAAGAUUGGUGGCACUGUUGUGAGCUACAUGGAUGGAUGCUGCAAGACAUGUAAAGAGGAUGGAAAGUCAUGUCAGAAAGUGACAGUAAGGAUGACAAUUAGAAAGAAUGAUUGCCGUAGCAACAGACCGGUCAACAUAGUGUCAUGUGAUGGAAAGUGUCCAUCUGCGAGUAUUUACAACUACAACAUCAACACAUAUGCACGUUUCUGUAAAUGCUGCAGAGAGAUGGGGCUGCAGCGCCGUUCAGUCCAACUCUACUGUAGUGGAAACUCCACAUGGGUCAGCUACGCUAUACAAGAACCAACAGACUGUUCCUGUCAGUGGUCUUAAACCCAUUAAAAGUGUAAUCCAUAAAAGAAAGUGUUACUUAUAAUUCAACUUGAAAGUUAAUUUCACAAGCACCAUAAAACUGUAUCUUAAGAUAUUAGGGUUGCAAAAUGUUUUUUUCGAUCAAAUGUCUUAAAUAAUAUCCCAGAAAAUGGUAUGUGUUGGGUGCCAGCAUGUUUGAAAUGUAAGUAAUGUGGAAGCAGAUGCUCAGCUGUGUUUAUUAGAGGAUACAGGAAUCCGAUAGCAGUAAUAAAUAAAUGCAGCUGUGCUCCUGUUCUAUAUAUACGGUAUCCUACUUCGGAGCUCACUGAAAUAACAAAGACGUACUAAUUGUAUUUACAGUAGAUACUUUCCGACAGGUAAUAUUACUUCUUAAUUAUCUGAAUAUUAAUUGAUUUUACAUGCUCUAUAACAAUCACAUGUGUAUUACGUAAUUAACUUUAUGCUGUAUUUUGAGCACUUUAUUUAUUUAUUACCAUAUAAGAACAAUUUCUUCACUCAAGAUACAAGAUUUUGUACGUGUACACCAAGGAUAUAUUAUACGUAGCUUUGAUCUAUGAAGCACUUUUGCUGAUGCAAAAUAAAUUCUUAUUUUCAUAUGGUCUAAAUUAUUGAGAAGUUAGAAACUAAAUUUGCUCUAUAUAUUAUGGUACAUUUUUAGGUUCUUUUGAUAUCUUCUGUAUUUAGUACUGACAUACAACCGAAUAUGUGAAGUUUAUGUUUUUAUAUUUGUGUCCACAGUAUUGCAAAACGGCAUCAUAAUGAAUACCUCUGUAUAUCAUAGACACAAUAAAAAAAAAUUUUUGGAGUG